CAGUUUUCAGCUUUCGCAAACCACUCUCUGUCCUUCGCAAUUGUUAUCGUUGCUCCAGGCAAAGGACCAAAAUGAAAUUCAUCGGCCUGUUGUCUGCAUUGGCUCUGCCAUUCGCAGCCUUGGCCGCGAAAAAGCCAGCAGCGGAUCGCUUUUCCACCUCGUUCUCUAAGACACUUCCCCUCAAGUUGGAUGAUUCCUCCUUUGGCUCCUUGACGAAAACUCCUCGGGACUACUCUGUCGCCGUCCUUCUCACAGCAUUGGAAGCUCGCUUCGGCUGCUCUGUCUGCCAAGAAUUCCAGUCUGAAUGGGAUGUACUCGCAAAGUCAUGGCAGCGGGGUGAUAAAGAGGGUGCUUCAAGGCUGCUUUUCGGAACUCUGGACUUUAUGGAUGGCAAGGGAACGUUCCAGAGCUUGGGUCUGCAGCAUGCUCCUGUGCUCCUACUGUAUCCACCAACAACGGGACAGGAUGCCCGGCCAGAUAGCAGUCCGUUGAGAUACGAUUUCUCAGCCGGUCCCCAGUCUGCCGAAUCUGUUCACACAUGGAUCGCUAGGCACCUCCCCUCUGGACCGCACCCUCCUAUUACCCGUCCCUUCAAUUAUGUCAAGCUCAUUCUGACACUCGUCUCCGUUCUGGGUGGUCUCUCUAUAGUCACGGUCGCCGCUCCUGUCGUAUGGCCGCUCCUACAGAACCGCAAUCUUUGGGCUGCCAUAUCGUUGAUUGCCGUCCUCUUAUUUACCAGCGGCCAGAUGUUCAAUCACAUCCGGCAUACGCCCUAUGCGGCUGGUGAUGCGAACAGGGGCAUACAAAUCUUUGCUGGUGGUUUCCAGAGUCAGUAUGGGCUCGAGACGCAGAUUGUUGCCGGAAUCUAUGGCGUCUUAGCCUUUGCGACAAUCACCUUGGCAGUAAAGGUCCCCCGAAUUGCAGACCCGAAAAUGCAACAGGUUGCUGUGCUGUCUUGGGCAGCGGUCAUCUUCCUGGUGUACAGCUUCUUGCUGAGCAUCUUCCGGUUUAAGAAUGGCGGUUACCCAUUUUUCUUGCCUCCAUUUUAGACGUCCUUUGAACCAAAUGACAAGUAUCUUUACUUUGAGAUAUAGGAACGCCAUGCAAAAGAAAGAAAGGAAAAGAGUGUAACAUAUGCAACGCAAUGCAAGAGGAUUUAAGCAGGCGCUAUAAACGUUGAUGAGAUAUCCUAGGAGAUAAAAUCAAUACCCAAAAAUGGUAAAUAUCAACCUCUAUCAUCACUCUUGACCCUAGUCACUUGCUUCCAGUAGUAUUCACUCC